GUCUUCUGUUUUUCAUCCAUCCAUGGAUUUUUCAGAUGUAUGCUUUACAUAAGAAACAUAAAACUAGACCUGAGUGACACUGAGAUAAAUACUUUCAUCCACUGUUGAAUUGCCUUGGCUAUAACACAAAUUUUGUUUUCUGUUCACUAGAAUGUUAUGGAACAGUUCAAUCCAGGACUGAGGAAUUUAAUAAAUCUGGGGAAGAAUUAUGAAAAAGCUGUUAAUGCUAUGGUAGUGGCUGGAAGAGCAUAUUAUGAUAGCCUUGCAAAGAUUGGGGAUAUAUCAGCUGAUUCUCCAGUUUCUAAAGAAUUAGGCCAAGUUCUCAUAGAAAUUUCAAGAACACACAAGAAACUUAAUGACAGUCUAGAGGAAAGUUUCAAAAAAUUUCAUAAAGAAAUUAUAUCUGAACUGGAGAAGAAAACAGACCUGGAUGUAAAAUAUAUGAAUGCAACUUUAAAGAGGUACCAAACUGAACACAGAAGCAAAUUAGAUUCUUUAGAGAAGUCUCAGGCUGAGCUGAAAAAAAUCAGAAGGAAAAGCCAAGGAGCACGAAAUGUAAUGAAAUAUGAGCACAAAGAAAUGGAGUAUUUGGAAACUGUGAGCUCUCGACAGAGUGAUAUUCAGAGAUUUAUUGCAGAAGGCUGCAGAGAAGCUCUCCUUGAAGAAAAAAGAAGAUUCUGUUUUCUGGUUGACAAGCACUGCAGCUUUACCCAGCACAUGCACUUCUAUCACAUUCAGUGCGCGGACUUCCUAAAAUCCAAGCUACCUGGGUGGCAGGAAAUCUGUAGCGAUGCCACCAAAGUGCCUGAAAAAGUCAAAAUGAUGAUAGAUGAAAUAAGGACACCUGGUUCCACUCCAGUAUCAGGAACUCCACAGCCUUCACCAAUGAUAGAGAGAAAUACCAUGAUUGGAAGUGAUUUUUAUCCUCAUAAUGAAAAUACAUCAAAGGUGCCCCCUGCUCCUACAGGUAGGGCGUACACCAGUCCACUGGUUGAUAUGUUUAACAAUCCUGCAAUGGUUCCAAAGACAUCUUCUGAAAAACUAAAUAAUUCAGCAGAGAAUUCAGAUGAUGCCAGUUUAUCGCGUUCAACUUCUGUUGCCACAGGGCUAAAUAUAAUGAAAAGGCAAAAAGUAAAGACAAUCUUCCCACAUACUGCUGGAAGUAACAAGACGUUGCUUAGCUUUGCACAGGGGGAUAUCAUCACACUUCUUGUAGCUGAAGAAAAGGACGGCUGGCUUUACGGGGAACAUGACACAACUAAAGUAAAAGGAUGGUUUCCAUCAUCAUAUACUAGACCACUGGAAGAACCAGCGGAAGAAAAAGUGUUUGUUCCAGUGCCAAGCCCUGCACCAAUCCGAAGUAUUAGUUCUGUAAACCUUGUGGAAAAAGGUGAUGUUGUCCUCCCACCGCCAGACUAUCUGGGGUCUUUGCAAACAGAUAAAAGAAUGGAAUCUUCCAAAGGUACUACUGUUAAAACACCAACUGACAGACCAGAAAACACAGGUCUGAAACCUGAUAUGAAUGGCAUUAUAAAACCGCCUUUUCUAAGUGGAGAAAAUCCUUUUGCAACUGUGAAACUCAGACCAACAGUAACAAAUGACAGAUCAGCACCAAUUAUUUGAUGAAUAUAUGGUCCAUACACAUGUACUCCCUCCUUAUAAACACCACUUUCAGUAAUGACAAUUACUGUCUAAACUUGUUCUAAAAAUUUAUUUAAAUGUAAUUACUGUACAAUAGAAGCAUACUGGAAUGGAUUUCUGAUUUUUUUUAAAACCUGUACCUUCUAAUGAGGUAAUUGCUUUGGGCUAGUGUUUGAGCAUUCUGGCUUGAUUUUACAGUAUGCCUUUUUUUGUAGUAGGAAUUGUGAAAAUACUGGAGAUAGGUUGGAUACGCUAGGAAACCAGUGUAACUAAUAGCUCACAAAUCUGAAUCUUUGGCAUUCAUUAUUUGGAAACUGCAAUGAUAAGUUCUAGAAUAUAAGCCUGCAUAUGCCACUUACUAAAUAAGAAAAAGAUUAUUUUUUUUUCCAAACAGAACAAUGUAACAACUGCCUUAUUCCAGAAUAGAGAAUUGCCUGUAUAAAGUGAUUAUAUGUUAUUUUGUUUAAGACAGACACCCUAGGUUAUAAAUAAAUAUUUAUCCUUUAAGAAUAGACAACUUGUAAUGCUUUUGCUUAAUGUUCAGAUACAAAUUUUCAAGUGUUAACCCUAUUAAGUCUAAUGUACUGUCAACACAUUCUUCAAUUAUAACUUUUUCUUUAAAACAUGUUGUCAAACUUUAGUCUUACAAAAAGUCAUAAUAAAACAGUGCCAUGAUUUUUUCCUCAAAUG